CUUGCGUUUCCUCCUAAUGUGAGUUCUGAUAGCUCCCAGCAAAAAUUUUAUUUUUUCCCGGCUUCAGAUAAAAAUCAUCAGUUCUGCAGUACAUCUAUAAACCAAAUCUCGUUUACUCCUCAGACUCAGUUGUAUUAUUUUUUUUUGCACGGAGACGGGGACCUGCUGAAGUAGCGCUUUUGCAUCUUGUUCCUCCCGAGAUAAGCGUGUUAUUAAGCCCUUGGCAUCGCUGGCUCUAAGUACAGGCACUAUUUUUUCCUUAUCACAAGCAGAUAUGCGCCACGCCUGAUUAACUGAAGACAAAGACAAUAUGCCGAAGCAGCCGGCACAUUUUUCACCUGGUUAUAUAGCCUGCUACCUAACCAACAAAACAUGGCGACGCGCCAUUGUCGUGACCUACCUGGUCACCACAUCUUUCAUCCAAGCACUGUUUCGUAUCGCUAUCCUGGGCAUCUUUACCUUAGGCUGCUUUGAGGCUUGCUAUGUUUACUCUUCUGCAGACCCUCAUGAUACUCGCCGUCAUCAUAUACCCGAAGAUUCCAUCAUAAUUUUAUUAGGCCCGCUGUGUUUCUAUCCUGGCAUCAUCCUCUUUUUAGCAACUGUACGGUCACUGAAACAAUCAUGGCAGUUGCUGUUAGGUGUUAAUUCAUUUCGCCAGUCCUGUAUUCCAAUCGGUAUACGGGGGUUCACCAAUUCCUCGGCACACUGGCAAAAGAUAUGCACUGAUUUACGUAGCAGUCUUGAAUUGGCUAAAGUUUUCAAGAAUGGCAUCGCCUUAUCCGUGCUUAUUUUGUUGGCAACCAGCUAUAUUCUGGAGUGGUGGGAUCGAAACGUUUUCCACUUCGAAGCCCUGCGGAGAAUGUGGAUAAUAUUACUAAUGGAGGCUUUGACGGAAUAUCUGGAUCGGUGCAUGGCACGGGAAGCGGAAAGCUUGGAGCUGGAGAUCAUCGCAUCCUGGUUUCAACAGCGGACGGACCAAAUUUCUACUAAAAAUCGCGUUGCUAAAAAUUACGCGGUCUUACUACAGGAGCUUACUUCGUCGGUAGAAGCGUUUAAGGAUAUCAGUGUAUAGACAGGACUGCUUCUUUUGUAGCGCCUUUGCGAUCUAUCCAUGCAAAUUUUGUUGCAUAUGUAGUAAUGUAGCAAUGCACCAAUUAUUUUGAUUCGUUU